GUAAGCAGGCAUUCCCCUCUGCAAACAGUCACAUUCAAGAGCUCAAGCCAAAGAGUACUCGAGCGCGCACAGCUGCCGAAAAAGUAGAAACGGACAACCGAUAACCGAACUGCAUUGUGAAACGCUAGAGUCAAGUUGGAAGUGCUUGCUUUGGCUUUGCUAUUUUCUAUAACGAUUUUUGGAGUCUUUGUUUGCCAGAUGCAUUGUCUAACUGUAGUGUACGGCUAUCGCGGCUGACGGUACGACACGUUCAUCCGCACAAAUUGAAAUUAAUCCAAUCAACCCAUCCGUUUAUCGAAGCGUCAUUUCUAGUGUCGUAUUAGCUUAAUAGCUAACGAUAUCGAAAUUCGAAAGAACUUUAUUUUACUUACGAACUGACACAACGCGAAUUCGUUGGAAAAAAUUACGCGCAUAACAAAUAAAUAUAUAUAAAAGAAAUAAGAAUAGAAGAUACCUAAGAAAAAUAUAAUAAAAAUAUAUAAAACGACGAAGAGGUGUUAAAAGGUGGCAAGGCAAACGUUAGUGAACGCGCAUGAAGAGUGUAAAAUUCGAUUGCAGUGAAAAGUCGAAGAAGAAAAGUGUGUGUGAAAGCAAGUGUUAAUCACAAUUGAUUUUCAAGUCUUGAAUUUAACAAAAACUGACAAUAUUGCGAGCUGAUUUGUUCUAUCAAAGCCUGAACAGCAGCUACAGACCUGGUGCAUGCGCGCUGCCACGACUCACCUUCCAACGAGUGUGAAAUCCCACGUCGAAACGCGCUGACAAGUGAGCACGGAUGAAACAUGCGAUUGUAUCUCUAUACAUACAAAAACAAAAAUAAGAAUCUAAAAAAAUAAUAAAAAUAAUUUCAACGGAAAACUGUGACUUCAAAGAACCUCCACUUGGUAGCGCACCCACUAAUAAAAAAGUAACGAAAAGCGUGACACGUCAGUGAAAAAGUGUGCGCGUCGCUUAUUUCCGUCGGAAAUUUGUUUUGAAUUGUAUUUUUUAUACGUGCAACCAGUGAACAGCCGCCAACAUAACGGCGCAACUAUUGAACAGUUUCCUGAAGGGAUCGCCCCACCAGACGACGAUCGACAUCAUGCAAAAGCUCUACUCGGAGGCGCCAAGCAACGGGCCUCCGGUGAGCAUGAGCAGCAGCGUCGGUGCUGGUAGUGGUGGUGGUUCYAGUAGUGCCGGUGCUGGCGCUAACGGUGGCAGUGGAGGUGGCGGUGGUAAUCCUACAAAUCCGCAUCCGAAUCACCCGACCAGCAACGGUGGCACAAUGAGCCCGCUUGCACGUAGCGCUUACACCGCCAUGAAUUCGAUGGCCAUGCCCGUCGGUGGCAUGUCUUCAGUAUCACCACAGACUGCCGCAUUUGGUGCGCUGGAGUCCGCCGCAGCGGUGGCAAGCAUGAGCGGUAGCAUGGGUGCUGCAGCGGCUAUGAAUUCCAUGGCUGGUAAUUGCAUGACGCCGAGCUCGAUGAGUUAUGCAUCGAUGGGUUCGCCGUUGGGUAAUAUGGGCAAUUGUAUGGGAGGUGGUAUGUCGACAAUGGCCGCUAUGGGUGGCUACUCGUCGAUGGCGGCAGCAGCUAGUGCACGUGAGUUGGAUACAGGUUCGCCGAACUCGUUAAAUCGCGCACGCAUAGAUAAGCCCACAACAUACCGUCGGAGUUACACACACGCCAAACCGCCAUACUCGUACAUCUCGCUAAUUACAAUGGCGAUACAGAAUAAUCCGACACGAAUGCUCACGCUAUCGGAAAUCUAUCAAUUCAUAAUGGAUUUGUUUCCAUUCUAUCGUCAGAAUCAACAGCGUUGGCAAAAUUCUAUACGUCAUUCGUUGUCCUUCAACGAUUGCUUCGUGAAGAUACCGCGCACACCGGACAAGCCAGGCAAAGGUUCCUUCUGGACAUUGCACCCCGAUUCGGGCAAUAUGUUUGAGAAUGGCUGCUAUUUGCGACGCCAGAAACGUUUCAAGGACGAGAAGAAGGAGGCGCUGCGCCAGCUACAUAAGAGCCCGUCACAUAGCAGCCUCGAAGCAACAAGUCCCGGCAAGAAAGAUCACGAAGACUCGCAUCACUUACAUCACCAUCACAGCCGAUUGGACAACCACCAGCAACAUCAUCACAGUAAAGAUGUGACAGGCGCCACAGUUGGGGGCGCAGGCAGUGUGCUCAGCAGCGCUGUCAGUCGUGAUCAAUUGGCUAUGAUGCAAGCCAAUGCGGAACUGUGUUUGGGUCAACAGGCGGCGCAACAUGCACCCAGCCAUCAUCAUCAGCAACAUCAUCAGCUGCAACAUGAAGAGCUCUCCGCCAUGGUGAAUAGAUGUCAUCCAUCGUUGAUCAGCGAUUAUCACCCCUCCAUGCAUCAUCUGAAGCAGGAACCAUCCGGUUAUACACCAUCCAGCCAUCCGUUCUCGAUCAAUCGACUGCUACCCGAAUCSAAGGCGGACAUCAAAAUGUACGAUAUGAGUCAGUAUCCCGGCUAUAAUGCGCUCAGCCCUUUGACGAAUACACAUGCGGCCUUAGGACAGGAUUCGUACUACCAGAGUCUCGGCUAUCAUGCGCCAGCCGGCACGACUAGCUUGUGACAUCACCAGUACCCAUUGGCUUAAGGGCGAGCUGACCAGAUGCUGCGCAACGUGAACGUGAACGCCGCCACUGGUAGCAGCAGCAUCUUUGGUAGUGCCGCCGCAGCUGCAGCAGCGGCUGCUGGUCUCAAUACGCUGCACAAUCCGAACAUUGGCGGCAAUAUUGGAGGCAGCAGCAGCGGCACCAGCAACAGCAAUGGGAAUACACAUGAUAUACACCUGGAGCAACAUCAUCACCAUCAUCAUCAUGGCGCCACACACCAUCAUCCGCACCAUCAGCAAUUGACGCACCCGCAUGCGGCGCAUCAACUGAUGCAGCAACAACAACGUAAGGCCUAUCUUAAGUCCAUGCAACAACACUACCAACAACAGCAACAACACAGCGCCAGCAGUACUUCCAGUGCGCACAAACUCAGCGCGCACCAACAACAAUUGCUGCAAAGUCAGCUGACGCCGCCAGAGCUGCAGGAUGACGCAUCGAACAUCACAACCGAUCUGAACGAAGAACAACAACUGCAACUACAACAGGCGGCGCAGCAACAGCACCAGCAAUUGUACAACAAUUAUCAACAAUAUGCGGCGGCCGCCUCCUAUCGCAACUGGAACCAUGGCUUGGCGCUAAAUGGUGCGGCAGCGUUGCAGAAUCUGCUGUAGUGUUGCCAACACUAAACAUGSGUGCGCAGACAAAGCGCCGCUUUGUUGCCUGGCGCAUCGUCUAACCAACUGCCUUGCAAGCGGUUGCUGUUGCAAUUAGCGGACAGUUGGCGACAUGCGUGCGUACGCCAGUUAUUAGUGCGCGCGAUUAGCUGGUGCGGCCGCUUCUUGGAGCAUGGUUUUCCGCUGGUAGCGCGGUUGUUCUGUGCUAUUUUUGGCGCGCUUUUGUACGCAUGCGGCGUGGGACCAGCGCGGCUGCGCGCGCGCGGUGAGAUUGUUGUUCGCAUAUACACAUUCAUGGUUCAAUGCACAUAACUCUUGAAAGUAGGAUGUUGUAAAUAUGUAUGUAGUCUAGGUAUACUCUUUAUUAUUUUUAACUUUGUCUAUGAUUUUGUUCCACACACAACUGUCUCCUUACAGGCCUUAAAUAAACUACAGUCUCUCAGUUAGUGGCAGUUUUGAGCUUGUAGAUAUGUACAUUUUGCUCAURCUAACUUCUUUAUAAUUAACAUUUGCUGUACUUUUGUUUGUAUGUAKGUGUAAAAUGCAGAUGGAUUUUUCGUCAUGUAAGCAGCAAUCAAAAGUGAUGUAGUUGUAAGCGAAAAUGUUUUCCAACUUAAGAAAUAUAAAUUUCAAAUUAUGAUUGAUUCAUAAAAAUCCCCACACACCGCCCAAUAUUUGAUAUAUUGCGCGUAGGAAAACAGCAAGUUUUUUAAUUUCGAUUUAGGCGCCAGUACAUUCAAGCUUUUUSUUACGGCGCCUUCUGAGAAAGUUCACAGCUAAACCCUGGCAGGUUUUCCAUUUCACGCAACUUCGGUGCCAUGUAUGUAAACACUCUUUUGUCUGUGUUUGUAUAGGUAAAAGAAGGAAUCUGCAGAGCAAGAAAAAAAUAUGAAAAGUAAUAAUUAUAGUAUAACAACAAAAAUUUUUUUUUACAAAAUAUUAAUUUUU